CCGUGCCCGUUCCAUGUUAGUCUUGCGCCAUCCUGCCUGACAUGCAGUCGUAACUUGCGACUAGAACAUAUCACUGUGUACGUAUUCGCACUGACCAGAGAAUGGCAUCGCACACCUGCACCUGAUAAAAGCAACGGCACUCACACGACUUCACACGCCACUAUCUGACACGGAAAAUGACAGAUUUUUAACAAAAUUUUCAAUAAUUACGAAAUGACUUGUUUUCACUAUUGCACUUGUUAACUCGCACAGUAGUUUGUAAGAUAAUACAACGCACUGCACCAUAGCACCGCACUCGAGGGGCACAACGUUACAAGAUGCACAUAAGUUCAUUAGCGACGAGCGUAUUUAUUUGGUGGGUCUGGUUUGGAAGCACAGCGGCGUUCGCGCUGCCUAGAACCAAAGAAUACAGAGGAUCAAGCGAAGUUGUCUCGGGCAAAAAUGGGGCGGGAGCGGAGCCCAGCUGCGAGGAGCUGAUGGCGAUGUGGAGGUUUUCUAAACGUCAGUCGAGAGCCGCUGAGAUUACCAAUGAAAUACCCAUGUAUAGAGACCCCUUUUCCGAUAACGUUUGGGAACCUUAUUACGCUACUUCCAGGAGCAUGGGGGGGAUGCGAAUGGGCCGACACAGAGGGCGGCCAAUUUAUGGACGCGUGGUUCACAAGGCCCCACUGCUGCGUAUCCAAGAUUUGGCCGAAAGAACCAGAGCCUUUGAGGAGGUAGCCAAGAUGUACGGAACGGUUCAGCGGCAAACAGAACCAAGAAGACGGAUAACAGCAUUCAGGUUGUCAGGGGGAGGUCAUCUACCUUCCCUAGGCCUUACUCCACAAAGCGGAAGUUUCCAGCAUCUGAAGGAGCUAAUUAGAACGGAACGCGCCCGAGAACUGCAGGAACAGAGGAUGGCGGAAGAAGCAGCAGCUCGUGCGGCAGCUCUGAAGGAGUUGGCAGGAAGUGGAGCUCACAGGAAUCAAGCAAACUAUCGUGAUAUUAACUACAAUUAUGACAUUGACGGAAGGGAGGAUCAGCAGCGCGAUAGCUAUAUGGGUCGCGGUGGAAUUUUAGCUUUCCCAGAUUUGUUGGCCCCAUCAUCCCGCCAAGACCCUGAUGACACACGUUUUAUCCAAGAUUAUGGCUAUUCGAGAGAUAGGCCUAGAGCCCAGAGCUCUUCACUCUUUGACACCAGUUCAUUUAACGUCGACGAUUUUGACGGAUUGAUGCUGUAAAAGUGCGUUAGUGGUCGUCGGAAAGUCCAUAUUGAUUUAAUGUUUUAUCCAUCAUAUACUCCAUACAGCUUGUAUGCUUUAUAUUUGAGAUUGAACUUUGACGUGCUAUUACACAUAAUCGUAUACAAAAUAUCUAGAAAGGUUUAUUAGAAACUAGGUGUAAAAAUUAAGACUAUGGAGAGAUCUGUAAAAUAAUGCGAAAAACUUAUUGUUGAACUUUAAGAUAUAAAUGUUUUAUAGUCUUUUAGGAUGUGGACUGAUUUUUAAAUAAAUUUUUCGACAAGGCCAGGAAUUUUGGAUGCUAUUUUGAUAAAAAUCUUCGUACAAGAAAAACUCAUUUAUUUUUCUAUUAUUAUUAUGCGAUCAUGUGAGGCUGGUAUGAUCCAUAAUUCAAUCACGCCAUAAUAUUACGAUUGUUUUUAUCAUUCUUGCAUCCUCUUGCUUGUAAACGCCAUGACAUUUGUAAUUAGUACCAUUUAUUAUCACGAUGUUGGCCUGAUAUUUUUCAUCAACGAUGUUCGGUUAUCCUGAUUCAAAUGAGUUACGUUAUGAGCCCGUUAUUUAAAGAUAUUCACAUGUUGGGGAUGAAAAAUAUGAGGUGAUUUAUAACACUGUCACGUCAGAUACUAUAAUAAUGCUUUUUAUAUUAAAAAAACAACAAAAAUUGUUAGAAACAGUAGGCAUUGUUGGCACAAUCUUGAAACACCCAACCAGGAAGAAGGAACGGUUCGGUAAUGAUGCAUAUGACUAAGCCAUAUCGCGGUCAUAUAUCAACAGUAGUUACAACCGGAAAGGCACAUAUCACAGAAAUUCUUUUGGAAACAAUCAAAUAACGAAGAAUAUCACUGGUACGACAUAUCUAAUGAUUUGCAAUUACAGGUAUCAUAAAAACAUCAAAAUGGCAGCCAAGUAUUUCAAAUUAAGGCCUAAUAGCACUUUCAGUAUUAAUGUUGAUAUAUACAUAUACCAAGUCUUCCCUAAUAUAUUAGAAUUAACUAGACCCGUAGUUUAAGAAUGCAGCAUCUGCACAGGUAAAGUUAUGCAAUAGUUUAUCACCGCGUCUACUUACGUCAAAAUUUACAUCAAUUAUAUUAAUUGAAGCCAAGUACAAACACACCGGUCAAGAAAUUUCGAUUCACCAAUAAAUCCAAGUGUAAAUUUUCACGUAAGAAUAAGUAUUGAAUUGGCACUUGACGGAAUGUUUAAUUAAAAUAAUGUGAUGAAUUCGACAAUAACAAAGUUUUAUUUUUCGAAUUCCAAAAUAUUCUGAUACGUCUAUUUAAACUACUUCUAAUUAUUUAAAGUGCAAUUUAAAUGUUUAGAAUUAGUCGGGCUGAUCUGCAGUGACAAUAAAUUUUCGUCAAUUUCAUCCAAAAAAAAUUAAAUCAAACUAAAUUCAAACAGAAAGACGUUUUUAUGUUGGAAAAACCAAGGGCCAACGUUUUGCCAACAUAAAUGCCCUCUUUAACUAAUUGUAAGUAGGUGUAUGUAUUUUUAAUAGCAGCAUUUUGAACAUUGUCAUCAGUGCAUGUUUGUAUCUGUAUUAUGCUGUAAUGCCCUUUUGUCUCCAAUCAUAUCUAACUCUCAAUCCAUUAUGUAUUCUGUGAUGUAAGAAAUACUGACAAUACUAGCAAACACCUUGUGUGGGGUCUGAAUAUCAAUUCAUUACCACCCAUAAUAGUAGCAAAUUAUUUUAUAUGUAAUAUUUGUAUGUAACUAUACGUAUCUAUAAGCAGAAUAAAUUAUAUUAGCAAGCAUCAAA